AUGGUCGCCAACGACACGAAGGAGGUCAAGGAGGGCUCGAUUGCUGGGAGCUUGAUUACAUGGCAAAUGCUGGAGCAAGACAUGCAAAAAGCAUUCGGGACCACUGCAAUAACCGGCCCGAAGCGUGAUGGAAAUAUGAUGGCUGAUGGAAAUGGUUUCCUUUCCAACAUCGCUCUCGUCAAAUUCGACUGGACCCACGAUACGGAUAUCCUACCCGAGCGUGCCGUUUUGAAGAUCACCGCCUGCGAGAAGCUCUACGACAUGGCCCAGGACCUACCCAACUUCAAGCCCGACGAAGUCUGGGGAAAUUGCAAGGCUGUCAACGACAACGAGCUGAGCUUCUACCAAAAUUGCGAGAAAGUGUGGAAGCUGCCCAAGGAGCUCAUGGUGGCCAAGUUCUAUUGUGGGCGCGAGUUUGGACUUGAUGGCGUUGAUGCCGGAUACUUCGCUAUUGAGUUCUUCGACAAAGCCGAAAGUCGCCAUUUCUACAAUAACGUGCAGGAGUCGUCGGUGAAGGAGAUUUUGGAUCAAUUGGUGCUGAUCAACACGCACUCGCUAAAACGCCCAGAACUCUUCGAAAACUACACCAACGAGCACUACAUCAAUAUGAUGUCUUCAUUCUGCACUGAAGAAUCUGUAACCAAAUCAAUCGAAGAAUGCUUGGAGAAACACCCGGACCUUGAGCAGGAGCUCUUGGCGAUGCAGAAGAUGGCCAAAUAUUUUGAGACUUUCACCAAUUUUGAUGCAAAAAUGGCCGAGAGCUGCAACAACAUGCGCAUGUUCUGCCACGGUGACAUGUGGCUGGGGAAUAUGUUGUGGCAAAAAGAUGCCAAGGGAGAUUACCGUAUGAAGCGGCUUAUCGAUUGGCAGCUACACCGUUGGGGAACCCCGAUGGAAGACCUGGCUCGACUGCUAACAAGCGCUUUUUCGGCUGAUGAAUAUCAAAACCGCAAACAAAUAUACCUUCAAUACUACUAUGACGCGUUUUAUAAAGCAGAUGAACGGCGGCCCCAUGCCCUGGAAAUCCUAUCAAGACGUUUGUUCGAUUUUUCUGAGCCCAUUUUUUCCCUUAAGUUUGAGGAAAACUAUGAAAGAGGUUUCGCUCUGUGCUCGACCGCCUUCGGACCCGUUUUCUUGUGCAUGACGCAUAAGAUUUUGGACACGAUUAAGGAUGAGAAAGACAAAAUCGACGGGCCUCAGAAUUACAAGGACAAGGUGUACAAUAUGGUCAGGGAGGCGGCGAGAUUAGCAAAGAAGUGGAAUAUG